CCCGUGCGCUCUGCAGGCGGCGGCGCCAUGGCGGGGCUGGAGCUGCUCUUCCACUCGGUGGCCGCGGAUCUCUCGUGCCCGCAGGACGCGCUCGUCUGCUACCUGCACUGGACGCUGAUCACGCGCGGCUACCGCUGCCUGGGCGCCGGCGACCAGCCCGGCUCCGGCGAGAGGAAGUCGGAGAUGCUGCCGGCCGGGUGGAGCGCGGACAAGGAGCUGUACACGCUGCGCUACCGGCUGAAGGACGACUCCCGCGACCUGCUGCUCAAGGCCAUCAUGAUGGACGGCAGCAUCAUCCUCAACGUCAUGGAUCCCAAGUCACAGAAAGUGGCAGAUUUGACCUUGAAAGUGGCGGACUACGUCAACCCGCAACACCUGGCUGACUUCGACAGGGUGUACCUGAGCACGGACGAGCUGCAGACGCGCAUCACGCACCACAUCCUCUCGCCCUUCGAGGCCACCAAGGAGCGGGCCCCCACCAAGGAGGAGCCCAAGCGCGAACGGAACCCCUCCCCUCCCAACCCUCCCGAUCACGACCCCCUGUGGAUCCCGCCGCGGCCGCCCCAGGGCACCCGGCAGCCCCCCUGGCGAGAUCCCAUGGGACCCUUUGCCGUCGGGGGAGAAGACCUGGACCCCUUUGGGGGCCGAAGCGGGGGAAUGCUCAUGGAUCCCCUUCACUCCAGGUUCCGGAACCCCGUCAUCGACCCGUCCUCGGGGCUCCCCAGUAAUCUCCCACCUGGCUCUGUUCCUCCCGGUGCAAGAUUUGAUCCCUUUGGACCACCUGGGGCCGGCCGCGGAGGGCCCGGCCCUGACCAUCUUCCACCACCCAAUUACGACGAUAUGUUUAUGUGAGCCGCCGGAGAGCCCCCCCCCCCCACCGCACUGGCGUGAUCUGAGCUCGUCUCUUGCGCCCAAAUGUUCGAGGCACAGACGGCGGCCGGCAGGGCUAUUCUCUCUGGCUCUGCCGGCUGGCUUUGGUUUCUUGGCAUAUAAAGCAGAAGAGGAAGCAGCGGGCAGAGAUGUUCCUCGCCGUCAUCCUUCUCUUUCUCUCCCCAAGUUUUCCCGCCGUGGUCCCCCGGCACCUUGAAACGGCAGGGGCCUGUCCAGCAAGCCCACCGCACGGUAGUGGUGUGGGGCCUUAGGGUGUGUUGUUUUCAGUGUGGUGUGUGAGAACGAAAGCAUCUCUUCCUCGAAUUUUGGUCAGCGGCUGAGAGCCCAAGCGGCCGUUCACCCGCUGGAGGAGCCAUGGACUGGGCGGGCGGGCGGCCCCCGAAGACCUCCUCCUCCCCCAGCUGCCCCUCCAGUUAUCACCACAUCAACCCAUCCCCCUGUGGGCUUACCGCUUCCUUUCUUGAGGGCUGCAGCCUCAAAUUCGUGGCUGUCUCCCAAGGAGGGGCUGGGGAGGGCGGUCUUCUCUCCGUGGAAGCAUGAAGCUAGCAGUGAGGAACUGGUGAUCUCUGCCCAGGAGACAGAGGAUAAGACGCGGGAGGAAGAGGAGAGCUGGCGAGCAUUCAGAAAGGCGCUCGCCGCCCUUGGCCUACAGGCCGCACCCAGCUCUGGGUGUCCCCCUAGUGUGGCCCAAGCUGUGCCCCAAAUUUAGAAAUAACGGCAAACAGGUCAGCAUUCUGUGGUGGCCGUGGAGCGCCCCAGUGGACGGACACCUUUCGAUUCACCAGGGGUCUAAAUGCAGCGCUCUGAGCGCCACAAAGUGGGUUGCCACGGAUUUUCUUCUUUUAAUGCUUCAGAACGCAGGUGGCUGCCCAGAAGCAAAUGCAGCUCCUGAUUGCUGCCAUUCCCAACCCCUGAUUUAGAGAGAGUUUCACCCCCGGGCUGCCGGCUGCCGACAGCCAUUCGUACACCCGUUCCGUGAAGCUGCAGCGGGCUUGGAUCAUGCUCUGGCCGACUGGAGCAGCUCUGGGAAGGGAAAAGUCAGCUGAUUUCCCCAAGAACCUGGCCCUGACAUCCUGGCUUUGGCUGGAAGCAAACUUGCAACCUUCCUUUUUGAAGCACAUCCAAAAGAAAAGGGGACACUUUCCCCUCCCUUCUGCCUUCUAAAUAUUUGCAGGUGGGGUAGCUGUCAGCUGGUGCCCCAAGCAAACGGACAAGCCCACCGCAUGACUGCCCCCCACUCCUGAAUUGGGAUGCGCCUCCCUCCCAGCACAGGUGGCCGGGGGUCUCAUUUUCUUCCCAGCAGCCAGCCGGGCUUCAGGGGCGUCUCUGAGGGUCUUCGUGAGCCGCAGAGGCCGCCUGCUCUGCCAGAUCCAUUCGGACGGCUGCCCAAAGAGAUGGCCCUGGGUCGGCCGCGAGACAUUUGUUCCCCGGAAGAACAUGGCGCAUUCUGGGUCGGCUUCCCCACCGCUGCUGCCCUCCUCAUGUCUUGAAGUAGAACUCCCAUCAUCUCGGGAGAUGGGAGUGGUGAUCCACCAUGCCUGAAGGGCCCUGAGUCGGAGCAGGCUGUUUUUGAGCCUCUUCCUUUCCCAUCAUCCAUUUUAAUGCCCUGGGAAAUGUUGACUGGCCUUAGCUGUGAUCCCGGGGUGAGGAAUCUGGCUUCCCUUCUGGAGGACUCGGGUCGCUCCAUCAUUCCCUCGGAGCGAAGGGGGUGAAUGAAAAGGUGUCCUUUUUCCUGCAAGUUCCGUAGCUGCCAAAAAUGACUAAUUUCUCUGUGUGUGUCUCAAAAUUUCUUUCCUUUUGAUGGGUGUUGAGGCUCUGGUGGAUACUGGGGCUUGGCGCAUCCUUGGAAAUGGGCAGGUGUUCGUGGAAGCCGAAGAGGGCCAAAGAGUUGCAUGGAGCGCUCGCAAGCGCAACCAGCGGGUGGUGGGCAGGGCAGUUGUGUGAAUCGGCUGCAGGGACUUCCACGGAGCAGCGAAGGCCAUCAGUUGUGGGGCCGUAAAAGGCACGGUCCAUCUUGGAUGCAGCCCAAGUUUUCUGAGUUUUUGCCAACUAGUGGCUGUUGAUUGUUUUGCUGUGAAUGCAGAAGGCAAGUGAAUUAAAAGUCUCUCUCCAGUC